AAAGAAGCUGCUGUCGGGAUCACAGGGGCCGGGGGGGCUGCUGGUUGGCGCUUGAACCUGGGCCUCGGCGGCACGUGCUUGAUAUGGAACUGGAGGAGUCGGGGAUCCGAGAGGAAUGUGGCGUGUUCGGGUGCAUCGCUUCGGGAGAGUGGCCCUCACAGCUAGAUGUGCCGCAUGUGAUCACCCUGGGACUCGUGGGGCUGCAGCACCGGGGUCAGGAGAGUGCUGGUAUUGUGACCAGUGAUGGGAGUACAGUGCCAACAUUCAAAACACACAAGGGUAUGGGUCUUGUAAAUCAUGUCUUUAAUGAAGAUAAUUUAAAGAAAUUAUAUAUUUCAAAUCUUGGUAUUGGACAUACAAGGUAUGCUACUACCGGAAAAUGUGAAUUAGAAAAUUGUCAGCCUUUUGUUGUUGAAACGCUUCAUGGGAAAAUAGCAGUGGCACAUAAUGGCGAAUUGGUAAAUGCUGCCCGAUUAAGGAAAAAGAUUCUGCGUCAUGGUGUUGGUCUGUCAACAAGUUCUGAUAGUGAAAUGAUUACCCAAUUAUUGGCAUAUACCCCUCCUCAGGAACGAGAUGACACCCCAGACUGGGUAGCUAGGAUUAAAAACUUAAUGAAGGAGGCACCUACAGCAUACUCCCUGCUUAUUAUGCACAGAGAUGUUAUUUAUGCAGUCCGAGAUCCUUAUGGAAAUCGCCCUCUAUGCAUUGGUCGUCUUAUUCCUGUAUCUGAUAUAAAUGGAAAAGGGAAAAAGCUCUCAGAAACGGAAGGAUGGGUGGUAUCUUCAGAAUCUUGUAGCUUUUUAUCUAUUGGUGCAUUAUAUUUCCGUGAAGUCUUGCCUGGAGAAAUUGUGAAAAUAUCCAGACAUAGUGUCCAAACUCUUGAUACUGUAUCAAGGUCUGAAGGAAAUCCAAUGGCUUUUUGUAUAUUUGAAUAUGUUUAUUUUGCAAGACCAGAUAGUAUAUUUGAAGACCAAAUGGUUUACACGGUAAGAUACCGUUGUGGUCAGCAGUUAGCAAUUGAAGCACCUGUGGAUGCAGAUUUGGUCAGCACUGUUCCUGAAUCUGCUACACCUGCUGCCCUUGGUUAUGCAGCAAAGUGUGGACUUCCAUAUGUGGAAGUGUUGUGUAAAAACCGCUAUGUAGGAAGAACCUUCAUUCAGCCAAAUAUGCGGUUAAGACAGCUUGGUGUUGCAAAAAAAUUUGGAGUAUUGUCAGACAACUUUAUAGGCAAAAGAAUUGUUCUUGUAGACGAUUCUAUCGUGAGAGGCAAUACCAUCUCUCCCAUAAUAAAAUUGCUCAAAGAAUCUGGUGCAAAAGAGGUACACAUUCGAGUUGCCUCACCACCAAUUAGAUAUCCAUGUUUCAUGGGAAUAAAUAUUCCCACAAAAGAAGAGCUUAUUGCCAAUAAGCCAGAAUUUGAACAUCUUGCAGAAUAUUUAGGAGCAAACAGUGUUGUAUAUCUAUCAGUAGAAGGACUGGUUUCGUCUGUACGAGAAAGAGCAAAAUUUAAAAAACAGAAAGUGGAAAAGCAAGGAAUUAUGAUUCAAGAAAAUGGGAAUGGUCUGAAAUGUUUUGAAAAGAGCAGUCAUUGUACAGCUUGUCUCACUGGAGAAUACCCUGUGGAAUUGGAUUGGUAGCUGAUGGGGACAAAUAUGUCAUUUCAAGAUAUAAAGUUGGUCAAGAAAUUAUAGUGAUUAAGCCUUAUUAUCCAGUUAUUGUUACUCAGUUGGUACAAUGUAAAAUGCCACAUGCUUAUGUUUACCUUUGUGAGUUUUGGGGUUUUUCUGAAAAGGCUACCAAAGUGCUAUGCUUUCUUUAAUAAUCCUAGAUAAAUAUUUUGGUGUUAUCUAGGAAUUCUGUGUGCUCCUUUCAGUUUUAUUUAGUAGUUUAAUAAAACUUUGAAGUUACCAAUUAUGAGAUAUCAUAUACACUUAAUUUCAGAUAUUCAACAGUAAUGCAAAGAAGAGGUAAAUUUCUGUAUUAGAAUUGCCAGGUACUGUAUCUUCCUAAGAAUUCUUAGAGAAUUUUGGAAAUGUUUUUUGAGAAUUGUUGAAAUUCAGUUAUGGAACAUUUUCAUAAUUGAACCUUGCUAAUGGUGUAUAGUACAGCAAUAUGUGGCUUUUUUGUUUGUUUUUUACACAAGUGUUAACUAGCCUUUAUCAUCUGGUCAGAAGAUAGAUGGUAAGUGGUGUUUGUCAAGUUCAUAGUGUAAAGGGUUUGCAGAGGUUAGAUGUAGGUAGGAUGUGUGACGCAGAUAGGUGAGUAAAUGCAAAAUUUCAUGCAGUUUGAAUCCAUUAUAAGUGUCUAGUGUCUCUUUCUCAUUUUGGUUGUGACCUUGGCUUCCCUGUCUAACUUAGACAAAUCUUUUUUUUUUUUUUUUAACUCACAGAUGAUACUUGUUCCUCAGUUUCUCCAACUGUGAAUGGGGUGCUUAUCUUAUUAAACUAAAUAGGAGUGUGAAUAAGUGUCACACUUUUGGUGGUAAGAGCCAUCAUUUCACCCCUAAAUUUUAUUAGUAGCUUUUGAAAUGUUGGCUGUUACUCUGCAAUUGAGAUUUCAUUAUGAUGUGAUGAGACACAAUUUGGUAGUGCUUUGCAACUCUCAU